AUGGCUAGCCCUCGAACACGUCGAGUUUUGAAAGAAUUACGACCAUUGGACGAUAAUAAUGUGAGUUAAAGGAAAAUUUGAAGAAACGAAAUUAGUUUCGUGUUGUUUUUUUUCAGUUCUGCUUUGAAUGCGAGGCAAAUAACCCGCAAUGGGUUUCAGUUUCAUACGGAAUUUGGAUUUGUCUCGAAUGUUCGGGAGUUCAUCGAAGUUUAGGUGUACAUUUGAGUUUUGUGAGAUCCGUAACAAUGGAUAAAUGGAAAGAUAUUGAAUUGGCAAAAAUGAAAGCGGGAGGAAAUCGAAAAUUCUCCGAAUUUCUACAAUCACAACCGGAUUUCAAAGAAAAUUGGACGAUUCAAGAGAAAUACAAUUCCAGAGCUGCCGCAUUAUUCAGAGAUAAAGUCGCGUGCGAAGCUGAGGGAAGAGAAUGGUCACUUUCAACUUCAUCAGCCGCCAAUUAUAUCCCACCAACUUUGGGUGGAGGAAACGCGUCUCGAACAGCCACCAAAUCAUCUGGAAACUCUUCGAUUGGCUCGUAUUAUGGCGGAAAUUCGACGAGUUAUUCACAAUCGACUGGAGAUGGAAAUUAUAGUCAACAAGAUUCGUGAGUUUUUUUGAAGCUCUAAAGUUCCUCAAAAAAAAAAAUAAAAUGUUUCAGUGGAAGCAACAAAUACCAAGGUUUCGGAAACACUGGCUACACCCCAAAUUCGUCCAAUACUUCUGGCGGUGAUGAUUUAUUGGCUGGCGCAAUGUCAUCUUUAUCGAUGGGUUGGUCGAUGCUUUCGAAGGGGGCUUCUUCGGCUGCGGCGAUUGCGAAAGAUGUCGGGAUGCAGGCAACUCAAAAAGCAUCGCAAUUGACGGAAAAUGUGGUGAGAUUCGAGAUUUCUUGGGGCUAUUCAACGAAAAAAAUUAUGUUUUCUCAGCGUUAAGAAAACGGGAGAAAAGCGAAGAAAACCUAUUCAAGUCGGUUAAGAAAAUAUAAAAAAUAAAACACGUUCAACACACAAAUUGCGACGAGACCCAACGAAAAACAACAUGUUCCUUUGACCUUACUAUAAAUUGGUCCCGUUGCGAAAUUCUACAGUAUCUUAAAGGAACAUGUUGUUUUUCGUUGGGUCUCGUCGCAAUUUGUGUGUUUUUAUGUUUUCUUAACCUGAAUAGGUUUCUUUCGCUUUUUUCCUGUUUUCUUAAUUGAACAGUCCCAUAAAAUAUAUGUUUUCUAGUAGUUUUCGAACCGCUGAUCACGAUUCCGUUGUUUAAAAUUGCAGAACUGAAUUCCUUUGACGUGGCAAACUAUUUAGGAGCUAAAAACUAGAUUCAAAAAUGAUUUCCAUGCAAAUCUGAUAGAAUAGCAUUGUUCAAGAAGACCGCUAAUAUAAAUUCAUUCUUUUCAAGUAUCCAGCGACUAAAUUCACAAAAAUUGAUUAAACAAUACGUCAUCAAUCAUUUUGAAAAAUAAUUUUCGAAUUUAUCAAAAAAUUUUGAAACGUGCAUUUUUAUGGCGCCAAAAUCAACAAUUACCAUAUUUUUUCGAGCUGAAUUUUCGGUAAAUUUUCAAAUUUAGCGUCAAUUACCUUAAAAAUUUUCUCAAGUGACACUAGAAAGCUUUAUCAAAAAUCUAGAGUAAAAUAAUUCAAAUUCCAAAUAUUUUCAGUCACAAAACAACACAAUUUUCGGAGGAGUCGCCUCGAAAGCAUCAGAAGUUGGAACAAAAUCCUGGGAUGGAUUGCAAUCUUUUGUCAAAUCUCCAUCUCUUCAAGCUUUUUCCGGAAUUCUUACCAAAGGGUAGGUUCUUAUAUGUUUUUAACCCCAUCAAUAUUUUUUUCCAGAGGAUAUGAAGAUUUUGGAAGUGGAACUGGAGGAAUGUCAGGAUCAAGUUCACAAAAUGAGUUCAAUGAUUGGCUGAAAACUUCGAAUUUGUAAGAUUUUUUAAAAAUUUUUUUCUAGAAAAAGAAAAAUUUAAAUUUUCAGACCAAGAGGAACAACUGAAGGAUCAAAUCAUAUUAGUAGCGAAGAAGUUGUUAAGAAAUCAGCUCCACCUAAAUCAAAAAGUCCACGACCUCAAAAAGAAGCGAAAAAAGUUGUUGAAUCAACUUCCGAAGAUUCGACUUCGACAAUAGCACAAUUCGAAAAAUCCGUGAAAAAAGCGCCAAAACCAACAAAUGAACCAAAACAAGAAAAAGAAAAAGGAUGGGAUGAUGAUGCGUGGGAUCUUUUGAAUCAAUAA